GAAGGUGAACAGUUUUUGGUUUUAUCGUUGUUUUUUUUCCUGCGAAAUAAAACUAUUCUUAAAACAUUGCUUCUUAAAUCUGAAGUGGCAUGGCCAAAACAUGUACAAAACAAUCAAAAUAAGAGAAACGGAUAAUAACGGUCAAAUUAAUCGAAAUAUAUGUGAUCGUUUGGCCGAGAGGUUAAAGCUAUGGACUCCGGCGGCGGUGAUCGUGUGUCAAGACUUAACGUCAAGUUUAAACCAGGACUGCAACAAUCAGAUUGCUCUGAUGAUACUCAAAAUCGAAAAUACCAGUCUCAUACAAAUUCAGAUUCAUCAAAUGGACAUAGCGUUUACAACAAAGUUCCAAACAAUACUCCAGAUAAAGAAUCAUUUGUUAUUAAUCAACACCCAGGGAUUUUCACGUCUGGUGAAAAUUAUGCAGGACCACUUCCAAAAAGUCAUAGCCUGCUAGCUUGGUUAACAUGCUUGUUUUGCUGCUGGCCAAUUUCGAUUGUUUCUAUAAUUAAAUCUAAUGAGGUUACCCACGCUCUUGGUAGAGGUGAUAUAUUAAGAGCUCGCAUUGCAUCAGAAUCUGCAAAAAAGUUUGGUUAUGCUUCCUUGGGGUGCGGUAUCUUUGUGCAAUUAACAAUUUUUAUUGUCGCAAUAAUUUUGUUUACAGUAGUUUUACCUACUAUGGGUUAUCGAAUCAGUAUAUUUUAGAUUAAAAAAAUUAAAACCAGAAUUAUAUGUAACUUUUUUAUACAAACCGAAAAAUAAUUUUGUGUGUGAUUGAAAUGAAUAUAAUCUCAUUGUUAAGAACUAA